AUGUCAACGUUCCAGCAAGUCAAGCCCAAAAAUGUCACCAGCACGACAACAACCACUAGCAUCACAUGCGAACAGUCUCAGAAGCUUGUCCAGACAAUGCUCACCAUGUCUUUUGGGUGCCUUGCCUUCCUCAGAGGACUCUUUCCCGAUGAGAACUUCGCGGAUCAAAGAUUCGUGCCAGAAAAGGUGAGAAAGGGUUACGAUAAAGAUCGUAGUGCAACGCAGUCUAGUUCGAUCAAGAUCAAAACCCUAGUACGUGGAAAGACACUCGAGGCAGACCUUUUUCUGGACUGGCUGGAAAAGGGAGUAUUUCAGUCUAUAAGACACAAGUACCUGAAAGGUUUGAGUUUAGGUGUUUUCGCCCAAGAAGAUGCACCAACGGAAUUGAUUGAGGAUUACCUUUUCAGUUUUAGCUACGGCGAUGAUGGACAAGUUCAUCUUAGCAUGAAUGGAGAGAACGAGUCCAUUUCGCUUUUAGACUCAAGAAAAGUGGUGCAGCAACUUAUGCGGCGAUUUAUUAUCAUCACUCAAUCACUUGAACCGCUUCCCGAAAAGCGUUUUCUCUCCAUGCGACUGUUAUUCAACGAAAACACACCGGCUGACUAUCAACCCCUGCUUUUCAAAGACGUAAGCCGGGAAAGGCCUGCAACGGUGCAAGUUCCUGCGUCCACAGACCUCGACACAUAUUCAGUGGGGUCACUUGAUACAAGGCAUCACAAGGUUGCUCUUAAAGUCCUGUCAGUCGUCGAAACUGGGGAUGCAUCAGCUAAAACCAUUACCAGAAAUGUUGAUCCGUUUAGCCUCAUUGAGGAGUCCGAGAGCUUAGAUGAUGAAACCUCGAGCGCAAGUCAAACAAUCGAAGGUCCAAGUCAAACAAGUCGUUGUCUACAAGGGCUUCUUUCAUCUCAAUCAGAUAGUGUCGCGCAAACUCAGUAUCUCGCCGACAACCGCGCGGACUAUGAGUGUCAAUGUGAAACGCCUUUCCCUCAAACUGGUACCCAUUGGCUUACUUGCAGUACCUGCAAGAGGAAGCUUCACAAAGUUUGCUAUGGAAACCUAUCUCACGGAACAAUCAGUAAGUGCCUAUCGUGUUUAAACAGGAACAACGUCGUCGAUUUUACAGCAAUUGCUUUCAAAGUGCUGAUGAUGCUCAGAAGGAUCUACAGGUUUUGGAUUAAAAAGCCAAAAUUUCCGAGUGAAGUUUCCGAGCUUUACAAGGUUUUGGCAGGAGAGCAACCCGGCUCAGAUGUCAUCGACAUCAUAAAUUUGGCUCUUUCAAUUCUAUUUUCCGACGACGUACUAGUCUUGGAAAAAGAGAGGCGAAAGCAGGCUAGAAGAACACAGUACCUGAGGUCAUCAGAUUACAUUUAUGUGGACCAUCGUGGCAUAAUGGUCAAGGGCAUUGGCGAGCUUUCAGCACCUUCCCGAGUGGUUUGGACUUUUGUCUUUAACUCUCCCAAUGCUCAAUCUGCCUAUACCAACGUAACCUUUGGAAGUCUAGAGCUUCUACAAGAUGCUUUGCAAAACGUUGAAAGGUCUCUUGCUAUGAUUGCUAGAAUGCAGCACUCUGCCGCCCAAAACUUGAUCGCUCGAAAUUCGUCGGGUUCGUCCCUAGAGUUCAGUUCAUUGAGAAUAGAUGAUGAUACUCAAAACACUUUAGAGUCGAACAAAAGGAGCCAUCAGAGUCUGACCCCAGAUCUAGAUAUAGGCAGAGAUCAUGACUUUGAGGAUAUAGCAAAUGAGCAAAACUCCAAUACAACGAAAAUCAGGAAAAUAAGUGCUUCUAAGAAGACUUUGAGGAGCGUAUGGUAG